AUGUUAAUAUUUUAUAUUAUAUUAUUGUCUAUUUGUAUUCAUGCUAAAGCUUAUGAUUGUAUUCCAUUAGGAGAUAAAUUUGAAGAUGGAUUUAAUGAUAAAAUUGAUACACUAUGCAAAACAACUAAUAAUGAUUAUUCAUAUCAUUUUACGAGGGACUUCACUUAUUCUUUAAAUAAACCUAUGGAAUGUAAAAGUACAUAUUUUAAUGGUAAUUUUAUAAUGACAAGUUCAAAGGAUUAUUGGAAUGCAAAGAAUUUUUACAUUAAACAACAUUCUCAAAUUACAUUAAAUGGUAAAUUUCAUACAAGAGAAGAAUUUAACAUUGGAAAAAAUUCUAAAAUAAUUUGGAAUGGUAAUGUCUCAUUUGAACGACUAAUUACAUUUGAAACAACUCCAUCAUUAAAUCAACCUCAAUUAAUUAUUUGGAAUAGUAAUAGGAUACAUCUUUACAAACCAACUACAACAUCAACAGGACAAUUUAAAAUUCAAAAUCCAAGUAAUAAUGAUCAAUGUUUUGAUGUGAUGUCAUUUAAUAAUAAAAAUGCACUUGAUUUUGAUGAAAACACAUAUAAUCAUUAUUUACCAAAAGACUUUGAUAAUGGACUUAGUAUGAAAGAUGGUACAGCAUAUUUACUAUCAAAUAAGAGGUUAAUGAGAUUUUGUCCAAAUGGAAUUGAUUUAGAUAAAAAUGUUAUUUGUACAAUGAUUGGUACUGAUUAUUCACCAUUAUCAUAUUCAGGAAGAGGUGAUUAUCUAUUUAAUUAUCCACAUUGUCCAUGUGAUGAUAAUAGAAAUGAAUGUACUCUUAAUAUUAAAACAAGUUUAACAACAGUAAACUUUAACAUGGUUAAUAUCAGCAAUACAAUUCUUCAUAUUGACCAUGACAUUACAUUAUAUAACUUUGUGUAUGCUAAACAAAUUAAUGUUGAUGAUAAUGUUAAAUUAUUAAUAAAUUCACUUUCAUCAAUCAACAAGUACAACCAAAUGAUAAAAUUUAAUAAUUUUGAAAUUACGAAUAUUAGAAAACCAAAUAAUAAACCACAAUUUAAAUACAAUUCAGAAACAAAUACAUUAGAAAUUGAUGGAAAUAACCACAUAAAACAUUUAUCAAAUCCAUCAAAACCCCCAUUCAAUUUAAUUAUAAAUGGUAAUCUCACUUGUAAUUCUUUUGUUAGUGAUUGUAUUUAUUAUUUCACUGCUUCUUCUAUAUCAACAACACUAACUAUUAAUGGUAAUGGUAAUAAUAAUAUUAUGACAAUUGAUGAAAAUAUAACACUAAUUAAUCCAUUUCCAAAUUGUAUUAUUUUAACUGGUAAAUCAAAGGAAGCAUUUAAAUGUAUUAAAUGUAAAAGUGGAUAUUCUCUUAAUUCAAACAAUGAAUGUCAAGAAAAUUCACAUUGUAUUAAAUUAAAUAAUCAAAACCAUUGUAUUGAAUGUGAAUAUGGAUAUUAUCUUAAUUCAAUAUAUGAAUGUAAUAAAUAUAUGAAUGGAUGUAAAAUUGGAAAUGAAACACAUUGUUAUCAAUGUGGAGAAGAAUAUGUAAAUGUAAAUGGAGAAUGUCAAGGAAUGAAUAAUUGUAAGAAGUCAGAAAGGAAUUAUUGUUUAAAAUGUUUAAAUGGAUAUAAAAUAGAAAAUAAUAAAUGUGUUAAAGAUAAAGAAGAAUGUUAUUAUGAAGGAAAUGAAUGUGUUUCAUGUUCAAAUGAAUAUACAUUAAAUAAUGGAACAUGUGAAAGUAAAGAAAAUAAAAAUGGAAAGAAUGAAGAAAUAUAUUGUGAAAAUGGAAAAUACAUCAAGGAUAAUAAAUGUAUAGAAUGUACAGAAUCAGAAAUAUGUAAUUCAGAUGAUAUUGAAUUAAAAUGUAAAGAUAACCAACAAUUAGAUAAUAAUACAUGUAUAAAUGAAACAUGUGAAGAAGGAAAGAUAAAAGAUCAAAAUGGAAAAUGUAAUUCCAAUAUUUCAAAUUGUUCAAAUGAGUUAUAUGUUAAUGGAAAAUGUGUUGAAUGUUUAACAACAUAUUCACCUGAUUCAAAAGGAGAAUGUAUUAAUACAACAAUAGAAAAUUGUGAAGAACAAAAUACAUAUGGAUGUAAACGAUGUUCAGAUGGAUAUUAUUUAACAACAAAUAUGAAAUGUUCAAAAUGUGAUGAUAAUUGUAAAACAUGUUAUGGUUCAUCUACAUAUUGUAUGAGUUGUUCUAGUGAUAAAUAUUUAAGUAGUAAUAGAACAUGUCAAUCAAAUAAUGAAUUAAAUGGAACAUGUUUACAAUUAUUAGCAGAUGGAAGUGGAUGUGGAAUAUGUAAUAAAGGAUAUUAUAGAAAUGGGAAAGGAUGUUCAGAAUGUGGAGAAAAAUGUGCAACAUGCAAUCAAAAAGAUAAAUGUACAACAUGUGCAGAUGGAUAUUUCAUGAGUUGGAUAGGAGAAUGUAAAUCAAUAGACGAAGUUAAAGGAUGUAAAGGAGAAAUAGAUAAAGAAUAUGGAUGUAGAGAAUGUUCAGAAGGAUAUUAUUUAAUAAAUAAAGAAUGUUCAAAAUGUAAAGAGAAUUGUACAAGAUGUUCAAUAAAGAAUGAAUGUAAUAGUUGUGAAAAUGAAUAUGUAUUAAAAAAUAAAGAAUGUAUUAAAUAUUCAGAUAUUAAUAAAUGUAAAGAAGUAAAGAAUAAUAAAUGUUCAAAAUGUUCAUUUUGGUAUGGAACGAAUGAAGAAGGAAAUGAAUGUAAUUAA